UUAUAGCCACGUAUACAUGUAUUGGAUUAAUUUUGUUGGUAAAUAUGAAAUAUUUUCACUUCCAUAUAAAAUUUUAAUAUAAUUUUAUGCGCCUUGGAAAAGUUGUUUGCGGAAAUUAAAUACAAAUUUACUACCAUCUAGCGCAAAAUCCAUCGAGCAGAAAUGCAGUACUUAGGUCAGCGGUUUUAGUGUAAAUAUUGAUAGCAUCUAGCGCUUUGUAAAUCUUUCUUCCGAAGGUAAAUCUUCUUUUUGAGUCCAGAAAUCAUUAGAAAUGGACGAUGUUUUGGAGCUUGAUGUACAUGAAAAUGAAUUUGAUAAAGAAAUCUCUGUAAGAACAAAACAAUCGAGGAAAGAUGAUACACAGAAGUCCACCGUCAUGCCUGAUUUUGAUUCUAGAGAUUUUUUGAGUUUAGAAGAAGCUAAACAAAAACUGCUAAAAAGUUUGGAUGAAAAUGAUUUGAAUAAUGACGCAAUGCAGUGUUCCAGAGGCUCUGUUAAAUCUCGUUUGGGUAUCCGACAUGAAAACGUUGAAUUUAUGGAUUUUUGUGAUGAAACCAGUGAAGCUUCCAAAACAGACAACACUAAAGAUUUUGAAAAUAAAAAUGGUAGAAAAAACAGCGUUCAAAGAAGACCAAAUAUAAAAAAUCUCUGCAGACGUUUGAAGGUUCGAUUGUACGACAAUCCAGUAAAAAUUGGAAAAGAAAUAGCUGAACGACUUGAAGAACAAAAGUUAUCGUUGAUCAUUGAAACUGUCAAAAUGAUUGGUGCAAAGAAAACUGUUGAACUCUUUAACGAGACAAAACGGAUUCAACUAAAUGGAGGAAUGAGAACCAGCAAUGGAGAAAGAAGGCGAACAAGUGGAGGAGUUUUUCUGACAUUGUUGAAGUCUAGUAACUAUGUAACUGAAGAACAAAUUAAACAAAUAUUUAAGGAAGAUGUUUCAAAGAGCAAAGAAGCAUUAAAACGUAAGAAGGUUGCCUAUAAUAAACGGAAAAAAUUGAAACAAGAAAAACUGCUGGAACAACAACAAAAAGACAAAACAAAAUGUAUUAAUGAAACUUUGAUGAAAAAUGAGAACACUUUGAAAGAUGUCUCUGUCAAUGGUUUGUUUGACUCAAAUAGCAUGCAAAUUGAUACUAAGGAUGAUGAUACUUAAUGUAAGUGAUGCUAUUGUUGUGUCUUUGAGUUGAUAAAAUUAUGGUUAAGUGACUGACACCAACAACAAUUUGCUAGUAUAUAUGAUUUCAAACGGUAUUGAAAUUGUUAUCAUCGAUUUCCAGAGUUAUAUUUUUAAAAACAACAUAGCUACUGACGUGUAAAUAAUUGUAUGUACAAAAAUAAAUUUAAACUACACAUA